CUUAUUCAAACAUGCCUGAGACAGUGAAAGCGCCGAAGAAGGGUUCCAAGAAAGCCGUCUCUAAAGCCACCAAGACCGGCAAGAAGAGGAGACGCACCAGGAAGGAGAGCUAUGCUAUCUACGUGUACAAGGUCCUGAAGCAGGUCCACCCCGACACCGGGAUUUCUUCCAAGGCUAUGGGCAUCAUGAACUCCUUCGUGAGCGACAUCUUUGAGCGCAUCGCCGGAGAGUCCUCUCGUCUGGCUCACUACAACAAGCGCUCCACCAUCACCUCCAGGGAGAUCCAGACCGCUGUCCGCCUCCUGCUGCCCGGUGAGCUGGCCAAGCACGCCGUGUCUGAGGGAACCAAGGCCGUCACCAAGUACACCAGCUCCAAGUAAACUCACUGUUUACCGACAACUCAAAGGUCCUUUUCAGGACCACCCACCACUUCAACUAAGAGCUGUUUUUAUCUACAAAACUUGGCAGUUAUCUUUACCACAUGUAUCCUCUGGUAAAACAAUUACUAAAUGCAAUAAACUGCCGAUUGAGGCAGGGUUACAC